GCUCCAGUCCAAUCCGGGCCGCCGGGUAAAGCCUCUCCUAUGCGCUCUCCCCUCCCUCAGCCCGCAGAAAACAGUGAAACCCUUCCAUAGAGGUGAGAGCGCAGAUGUCACGAGAAAAGCGGCCACACGACCAGAGCACACCGACCGACCUCAGCCCGCCUCCCUGCGCCCCGGUCUGGGAUGCCUUUUUAGCGCAGACACGCUUGCACUCAGGGCAGCCGCAGCAGCAGCAGCAGACGCAGCAGACGCAGCCAGUGGACGCUGACGCAGAUCAUCCACGCUAUUUUUUGCCGCCGCUGUUAUUUUUAACCAAGGAUCUUUGCCAACCCGCACACAGCACCGCACAGAAGCCCCCCUGUUUUUAAGUGUUUAUUUUUGUUUCUUCAUGACUGCUGCUUUGGGAAGCGAGCCUCAGCACCAGCUCCAGCAGCGCCAACACGAUGCGAGCCCAAAUCGAAGUUAUACCAUGCAAAAUCUGCGGAGACAAAUCGUCGGGUAUCCACUAUGGAGUCAUUACGUGUGAAGGCUGUAAGGGUUUCUUCAGACGGAGUCAGCAGAAUAAUGCCUCCUACUCCUGCCCCCGCCAGAGAAACUGCCUCAUCGACAGAACCAACCGCAACCGCUGCCAACACUGCCGUCUCCAGAAAUGUCUCGCCCUAGGAAUGUCCAGAGAUGCGGUGAAGUUUGGUCGCAUGUCCAAAAAGCAACGAGACAGCCUGUAUGCAGAAGUCCAGAAGCACCAGGCCCGGCUGCAGGAGCAGCGGCAACAGCAAACCGGAGAAGCUGAAGCUCUGGCUCGUGUUUAUUCCUCCAGCCUAACCAAUGGACUGUCCACCCUCAACCAUGAAAUUGGGGGCACGUAUGCCAACGGUCACGUCAUAGAGCUGCCCAAAGGUGGCCACGUCAACGGCGGAGGAGUCCCCGGCGGCUACUACGGCAUGGAUUCCACCCAGCCGUCUCCAGACCAGUCAGGUUUGGACAUGUCAGGCAUGAAGCACAUUAAGCAGGAGCCCGUUUACGACCUCACGCCUGUGCCAAACCUGUUCAGCUAUGGAGGCUACCAGGACAGCCAGUUUGGACCACAUAACGUCAGCAUGGGAGAGCUUGACCGGAUCGCUCAGAAUAUCAUCAAGUCGCACCUGGAAACAUGUCAGUACACAACAGAGGAGCUACAGCAGCUAGCCUGGCAGACGCAUUCCUAUGAAGAGGUCAAGAUGUACCAGAGCAAGCCACGGGACGUGCUGUGGCAACAGUGUGCCAUCCAGAUCACUCAUGCCAUCCAGUACGUGGUCGAGUUCGCCAAGCGCAUCUCAGGGUUCAUGGAGCUGUGCCAGAACGACCAGAUCCUCCUUCUGAAGUCAGGUUGUUUGGAGGUGGUCUUAGUGCGAAUGUGUAGAGCCUUCAACCCUCUUAACAACACUGUGCUCUUUGAGGGGAAGUACGGAGGAAUGCAGAUGUUUAAAUCUCUAGGUUGUGACGACUUAGUGAGCGCAGUGUUCGACUUUGCCAAGAGUUUGUGUUCACUGCAGCUAACAGAAGAGGAGAUUGCGCUUUUCUCAGCGGCUGUACUAAUUUCCACAGAUCGGCCGUGGCUGAUGGAGCCUCGAAAAGUCCAGAAGCUCCAGGAGAAGAUCUACUUUGCUCUACAGCACAUUAUGCAGAAGAACCACAUGGACGAAGAUGCACUAGCCAAGCUGAUCAGCCGGAUCCCAACACUGUCCGCCCUGUGUACGCUCCACACCGAGGAGCUUCAGGCAUUCCAGCAACUCCACCCAGAAACAGUGAACGUCCUCUUCCCUCCUCUCUACAAGGAACUGUUUAACCCCGACCCGAACUCUGCCAUGGCCAUGCCUAAGUGACCGCCUGUGGUCCGAAUGCAAUGAACAGCUGUCGAAAGAGGACCAAGAAAUUAUCUCAGCUUCGUCUGACGAGACGCUGGCGGAGGCGUCAACCGCGUCAUUCUGGCAACCACAGAUUUCUAAGCUCCCCCAGGCUCGUCUCAGGCUGGAGGGUGAGGAUUCGUCUACUAGAAACUUAAAGAGUUAACGCCAACAACACUAGGAAUGUCCUGCACUUAUCCCAUUCUGUUCACCGAUACAGUCUGAAGAAUGUAUAUACAAGUGAAGCGCGCCCCGAGCCACAACCUCAGAGGGGCUUCCACGUGUCUCCUGAACUGAACUGACUAGAAAUGUACAGACUUUCAAGACAACUCAAAACAGUUUUAAGCUGUCAAUUUUUAUUAUUAUUUAAAAAGGUGGGUAAAUUCAAUUGAUUUAAUCUUGAAAUAAAAUUAUUUUAUUUUUUUUCCCCAAUGAAAACAUUGCAAAUUUGGCGAAGCUGGAUGGGGGAGGGAACUGUGGAUUUAGAGAAGCUAUUGUAGAUAUUCUUCUAGUUGAGAGCGGAUUCCAGUAUUAUUUCUUGUUCUGUUAAAAUAAGUUAGUCCUAAUUUAAAUAUACAGCAGUCCAGAGAGGCUGACGAUACCUUGUCUAUGUGUUUUAUUUUAUUUGAUAGAUUCUUGUGUACAGAAUUUGUAAAGUUGAGGCUUGUAAAAGAAAACUGGGCAAAAACUGGGGGGCAAUUUUGGGUUUGUGGAUAUGCAGAAGCCUUGUCUGGAUUUUGUUCAUAUGUAUAGAAGGUGUUAUUGUCCUUCUCAUCAAAAGUUAUUGAAAUGUAAAAAGAGAAUAUGAAGGAUUUAAACAGAAAAUAAUGGCUACUACUUUCGAAGGUGAAGAUAUAUACAUAAAUGUUCUAUUUUGCAAGGAAAAGAAUCUGGCAGAUUUGCCGUCCUAUCAGUUGUUUAUUUCACGCUGCAAUAAUUAUGUCCAAUACUAGGUAGAUUGCUGUGGAACAAUCAAUCAGAAUGAACCAAUCAGAAACCAGGACCUCACAUUGAAGCUCACGCCGUCUCCUAACUUAGCCUGCUCUUAAAUAUGCCCAUCAGGACAUUCGCAGUAGGUUUUGGAAGACAUGAAUAGAUACAAGUCGAAGACAUGUCAUGCAUGUACUGAUGAUCCUUAACAAUGUGAAGAAAAAAAAUCCACACAAACUUGAAUUGAAAACACUUUUUGAUUACUGAAAUCUAGAUGGGUGCUGUACGCCCUCACCGUCCAAUUUGCACAAUCCAGCCCACGGAUAUCAGUGGGCUGCGAAUAUGUAGGACCCUUUUCUCUAGAAAGCAAUAACUUUCACACAGCACGUCUGGUCUUACCCCACUCCUUUCCCUCGUCUCGCACCCGUCUUCUGUCAACUGUUCAAGAACAGGGUAACAACUUUAAUAACUAAGGAUGCAAUAUGUCGUUUGCUCUUGAUCUCCAAUUAUGUCUCAGAAUCAUCUUGGUACGCAUUCCCCUGCUAACUGCUGUGUUAUGUAUGCAAUGUUAACAAAUGCAGCCGCCAAUGAUCUCAACACCACAUGUAGCUGAGCUUUAACGGUAGCCACUUUUAUAGAAAGUUGUGUUAGACAAUCACAUUUGUUUCUCCACCGAGUCAUUCCAAUAACUGUUAGCACUUAAACACUGUCCCUUUUUUUAGUAUUUAGUGUUUGGACACUGUAAAAUCACUCUGGGCUUGAGUCAGCCUUUAUCCUUGUGAAGGAACAAACUGAAGAGUCAAUACUACAUGUAUAAGCAGAAGGGCAUCUCAUGAGCCAUUGACCAAAAUGAUUCCCCCUUUACAGUGAGGGCUUACCCAACGUUGGGGUGGGAAAUUAUCAUGAGACCUGUUAUGAGAAAUCAAAUUUAGAAGUAAAAAUGAUACCAUAUUUAUGACAUAAAUGCUUCCCCUUUCAACUGUUAGUUUGGGUCUUAUCAGUUUUUAACUUGUGGGUUAAAAAAUAAAAAAAAACAACAAAAAAAAUCUUUGGGAACUACCAAAGCUCUAAACACUUACUGCUACAUUUAAUGCUCAUCUCCUUAAUAUAUAAUAAACAAAAUGACAAUCUAGCUCAACUGUUUUUUUUUUGUACCUCAUAUUUUGAUGCCAUGAUUAGUGGGCUGUGAUCUAGUGCUAUGAAGCACUCUAAAUGGGUUUCUCAUGCUUGAAAAUGUUGGGGUUUUUUAUUUGCACAGUGGCCAAAUCCUCCAGCGGAUGUAUCCAGGGACACAGUUAGACUUGUAAUCCAUCAGUUCAGCGUCAGUGACACUGGGAAUCAUUGUAUUGAAAUCCUUCUGUGCAUUUGUUUCCAUUAUAGCAGGGGGAAAAAAAACUGAGGAACACGGGUCAAUCAGCAAUCCGUUCCACCAUUAAUGGCAUUUUUCUUUAAACGCAGCGGCUUUCAUUGAACCCCACCCACAGAUCAGAGGCCAGUCACUCUUAAAGACAAUCACUUCGUAACGGCUCGAUGCACUACACAGCAUCUCUCAGGGAGCAGCUCUUUUUCUCACUUUGCAUUAAAAGAGGGUUUAAUAUUUUUGGAAAUUUACUGAAAUAAAUAAAUAAAACUUUAAAAGAAGAACUUUUUAGGAUUUUCAAAAAAUCUGCCCAGACAAGGCUUUGAUAGACUUAUGUCUACAUUUGUGCGUAUGUGUGUAGAGGAUGAAUUCACUGUCCGUGUUUUGUAGAGAGCCAGAGUUCAUGAUGAGCAAUAUUUACACCAUAAAUUGGGGGUGGAUAUGGAAAAAAAAAGUAAAAGAAUAAAAUAAAAACAUGGAACAUGUCACUGUGCUCUUGUCAUUGAGCUGCAAGCUCUUGCUUGCUGGUCUUAGGACAGUGGGUGAAGUCCACUGGUGGGACAGCGAUCCUGGGACAGUGAAUUCCAACUCUAAAGUUUUAGUGUGUUGUUUUUUUGUUGUUUUGUUUUGUUUUCCCUCGUUAGACUGUGAAUCAAAGGGGUGGAACUGGGGAGCCUUGAGGCGGGGCGGGAGGGAUGGUGAUGCGUUGGCAAGAACAUGUGGGAACCAACACUGUAAGUAAGAUACUGUAGCAAUAAGAACUGGAGGCAUUUACUACUGUCAUGUUUGCAUUGUAAGAUUAUUUUUAUGUUAUUACUAUUUACUAUUAUUAUUGUUCUUAUUAUGACUACUAUUCUUCUAUUACUAUUAGCCUAUUGUUGUUCUGUUCUAUUUGCAUGACGUUUCAUUGCAACGAAAUAUUCUGGGCUUAUUUGUGUUUCCUCCUCUCUUGAUGACGUGAGGGAGACGUUUGAAACGGUGGGUUAAGGGUUUAGGGCAAAUUUCACACCACUUUAUGAGUCAGUUCAAAACAAGUUUUUCACAUGCUGAAUUAUCUUUUUUUUUCAAUUUUAAAUAAAAUGUCUAAUUUAUAUGGAAACUAUUUGAAAUUUGUCAUUGGAAAUGAAAUGUUUUUCCCACCCUCUGAAUGUGCGGAUUACUACAAAUCAGUAAGUUAAUGAUCUUUUCUAAACUGGCCUUUUGGAAACCCUUCACCUGCAGUAAGCGAGUGAAGGGGGGCAACGUGGGAGGGGCCGGGGGAUUAUCUAUUCUGAAUGUUAUGGAGUAGCUUGUUCAGCAUGAGGGAGGAAAGGGGCUGAACACAUCACGCGCCUUUUACUGCUCCAUCAACACAGAAUGACAUCACCGAGCGCACAACAGCGGCCGUCGAGAGCUGCGCGGACAUUUUAUUACAGCCGAUUUCAAAACCACAUUUCAUACACUCAGUCAAAACCCACUCCAGACCUCCUCCUCCCUUUUAUGAAGAAAACGUAUGUGAGCUUGUGUGCCUGCGCUAGAGAAACGGAAGAGAGUGCGACCAUGUUCUGCUCUACCAAUGCUUUGUAAGACUUUCUUGAUGCAUUACAAUGUCUGUGCAAUUGGGAGUAGUUUUGAAAAUUGUUAAUUUAUUUUUUAGAAUGUUUUUUUUGUGUCCCAGCAAGAGCAAAAUGAAAAAAAUGUAGCAAUCUGUGUCUGGAAGCUGAAAGGUAUCCGGGCUGCAGAACCUCUUUUUACACAGAACUUAAAAUAAGAUAAAAAAAAUAAUGCCAACUUUAAAAAGUCUUUUUUGUUUUCAAAGUGCCAUAGUUAGUGAGGAGUUAAAGGAUUGGCAGUAUGGGGCAUAGAUGCUUUACUGUGUGAGUUUACAUGAGAAACCAAUAAUAAUAAUAAAAAAAAAACAAUAGGAGGGAACUCAGAGGAAAAUGUGUACUGAUGAAGCAUUUUUAUAUUUU